AUGAGUGUGGCCGGAAAUUUCAGCGACUUUAGCUCCGGAUCCCGGUUCGUGUUCCAGAUGGCCAUCGACGAGUACCACGCGGGUCGCAACUGGUCCGGUCUGGUCGAUCGCUACUGGCUGAUCGUGGAGGAGCUAAUCGCAGACCCUCGUGCCAAACACCUCCCCUUCAUGGACAACCCACUACCGACGCUCGGACUGAUAAUCUGCUACCUGCUGUGGGUCCUGCUGCUUGGUCCGAUGUACAUGCGAGAUCGAAAACCCAUGGACCUGCGGCGGUUCAUCAUCUACUAUAAUCUGUUCCAGGUGCUGCUGAGCGGGUACAUGUUUUAUGAGCAUCUGAUGGCGGGCUGGCUGCAGGGAUACAGUCUCACGUGCCAAACAGUAGAUUAUAACGAUGGACCACUCUCGCGAAGGAUGUUUAAUCUAUGCUACGUGUACUACCUGUCAAAGUUGACCGAGUUCGCUGACACGAUAUUUUUCGUCCUGCGGAAGAAGCAAUCCCAGAUCACGGAUUUGCACGUGUAUCACCACUCGCUGACGCCGAUGGAGGCGUGGAUUCUGACCAAGUUUAUUGCAGGUGGCAACGCGACCUUUCCCAACAUUAUCAACAACUUCGUGCACAUCCUGAUGUACUUCUAUUACAUGCUGUCCGCGAUGGGACCUCGCUAUCAGAAGUAUCUCUGGUGGAAAAAGUACAUGACCGAGGUUCAAAUAGUCCAGUUCAUCCUUUGCAUUGGCCACUGCAUCAACGCCCUUGUGACGGGCUGUCCGUUCCCGCGUUUCAUCUCCACACUGCUCCUGAUCAAUGCUUCCAUAUUCCUGAUACUGUUUAUGAACUUCUACAUUGCAAGCUACAAGCGGAGGCCAUCGGUACAAUCGUCGGCGAUUGCGGCAGCUCAAGUCGGCAGCCCCGAGGAACAAUCUUCGACGGUAGAAGAUCUGCAAACGAACGCCGAAGAGCUCACCGUGAAAGAAGUCAACAACAACAGUAUCCUGCUGCUGAAGAAACCAACCAUGGACGACGACGAAUCGGACGACGGAGUCCCUCCGACCGCUAACGGUGACAUCGUUAGCAAAAUGGAAGCGGACGUAAGCAAUUCCGGUGAGGACGACACCGAAGCCGCCACCACCACCGCUAGUGAACUGCCAAAGGAUGUGAUAGCAGCGGUUGACGGACUUCGACGGCGGAUAGCGAAUGCCGAAGAACUGCUUCCCGUGCGGGCGGAAGAAACUGUCGCAGAGUAG